CAGCAGAGAAAGCAGUUUCAAACAGUGGCCACCACGAUGCAGAGAUGGGAGAUGAAUCUUUUUCCUUUGCAGAAAUGCAGCCACUGAAACAGGAAAUUGAAGAUGAAGAAACUAGAUCACAAGAAAAAUGUGAAACAGAGACUGUGAUGAAGAAACCAGAAACUGCAGACAAAGAAACCAACACGGACACUGCUGUAAUACCAGGCUGGGACAAGAUGCCUCUUUCAAAAGAGCGCCUCACACUGGACAAAACAACAUGUCACAAAGGUCUGACAGUUAAAAAGAAAGGAAAGGAAGUGAGCUUUGACAAAGGGGUUUUCAAACAUUCCAUAUCCUCUGAAUCCAUGGUUGAUGUUCUGUGUAAAGAGAUGUUUAAGUCAGGCUGUCACUACUGGGAGGUGAUUGUGUUAGAUGUAAAAAAGGGUCCUGUCCCUAAACUGUCCUGGUAUGUCGGUGUGACUUCUCAUGAAGAAAAGGAAAGAAAGAAAGAGUCAUUAACUCCAGAGAAUGGCUACUGGGUUCUCCAGUAUGAAAGAGGGAAAGGAUUCUAUGUAAAUACUGGCCUUCCUACCCCAGUGUUAGUAAGAGACUCAUUCUCAACACUGGGGGUGUAUUUAGACAUGUAUAAGAAGACUCUGUCUUUCUAUGAUGUGGAUUCAAAAUCACAUCUUUACACUUUCACUGAGGUUAAGUCUGAAAAUGUAUUGACUCCACUCUUCAGUCCUGGAGACAGAUGUGAUCAUUCUCUGACGCUAAAGUAA